AUGCAACCUUGCCUUCUCCACGUCGCAUUCAAGGUUUUCUCCGCAUGUGUUGUUUAUUCGUUGGUGCAUGUUAUCUUUACACUACGAGUAUAUGCAUUGUAUGACGGAAGUCGGAGAAUUGCUUUCAUUUUCGGACUUGUGUGUGCUGCAAGACUUGCCGUAGGCGUUUACGAUAUCUCUUCGAAAGUUACACUUGGUAUCGCACAUCCUCAUUUGGUAGCCCAUUGGUUCAACCACCUCUGCUUCCCGAUCCGAGCCUUUCCUGGAGAUUUUGGAAUUGUCUUCUUCUGGCGAGUUCUCCGUUACUUGUUUAUCAUCGACACUGAGAAGGCAUUCAACAGUUCAGUUGAAAUCACCACGCAGUUCACGCUAUGUUAUCUCACUUUGAGGAAGACCUUAUUUUUGGAAGGCGGGUGGUCUUUGAAAGUUCUUUCCAUUGGUUCGGUGUUGAACAGAGACGCGCUCGUCGCUCCUCUGGCCUUUACCGCAAUAUUUACCGCGGUCAUAACGGCUCGACCAGUGGAUGCUGCUCUGUUUAUUUUCCCGACACUGAUUGCGGUCCCUUCGUGCUUGGCUUGUCACACAAUCGUUGAUCUACAACGGUUGGGAGACGAACCAACCUCGGAAGUCUCUGACGAGAUGAUAUUUUCCACUUUGGACAACGUCUGGGAUUCCCGGACACAUACGGCUGUCUGA